GCUGUGACGUGAGCCUCAGGCCGCCUGCGCGUCGCGCGCGUCUCCAGGCGCCGGCAGGGGUCUCGCGAGACGCGGCGGGAUCUCGCGAGACGCGCGGCGGGGCGCGCAUGCGCCGCGGCCCGGCUCCCCUGCGGCCACCAUGGCGGCGGCCGCCCUUUGCCGCUGCGGUGCGGCGUGGGUGCGGAGCCUGGCGGAGAAGCUGGCCAAGGGGCUCCUCCCGCCGCGCGGCGCCGCAGUCCCCGCACCCUUGCACGCGAGCGCGGCCCUGGCCGUGUCCAGGCGCUGGGAGAAGAAGAACCGCGUCGUGUACCCGCCGCAGCUGCCCGGGGAGCCCCGGAGGCCGGCGGAAGUCUACCACUGUCGAAGGCAGAUAAAGUACAGCAGAGACAAGAUGUGGUACCUGGCAAAGUUGAUUCGAGGAAUGUCUAUUGACCAGGCAUUGGCCCAGCUGGAAUUCAGUGACAAGAAAGGGGCUCAAAUCAUUAAGGAGAUCCUCUUGGAGGCCCAGGAGAUGGCGGUGAGGGACCACAACGUGGAAUUCAGAUCCAACCUGUACAUAGCCGAGUCCACCUCGGGGCGCGGCCAGUACCUGAAGCGCAUCCGGUACCAUGGGCGUGGCCGCUUCGGGAUCAUGGAGAAGGUUUAUUGCCAUUAUUUUGUGAAGUUGGUGGAGGGUCCCCCGCCCCCUCCAGAGGCGCCAAAGACAGCCGUUGACCACGCCAGGGAGUAUGUCCAGGAGCUGCGGAAUCGGACCAUCAUCCACACCCUGUGACGGACAGACAAAGCCAGGCUCCCCCCACACCCCUGCCUGCAGUGGGCUGCUUGGGCCGGGCGCACGCUUUGCCGUCUCUCCUGAACCCGGCGCUGCCUUGUGGCCCCUGUUGGCGGGAGUCAGCCUUGGUCCCGCCGCACACCCGAGGCUUGUUUCCAGGGUGUGGCCCAGUCUCAUUUCCCCCGGUUCUGCUUCCGGGGCACGGAGGUGUGCGGGGUGUGUCUGGUGCAGGUGGCGUGGGCCCCCUCUGGCCACCUCCCUGCCGAAAGGGCCAGUGGGAGCCUCGGAGAUAAGCCCGCAACUCUCAAAGGGCUUUUCCCACUUCCUGUUUGUUUUCUGGCCCUACCAACGGUGCUGGGGCCUGGCUCUGCUCAGAGAUCACUCCUGGGAGGCUGCGAGGGGCUGUGCGUUGCCGGGAAUCAAACCGACCCACUGCAAGGCGAGCACCGUCCCUGUGUUCUCUCUCCAGGAGACCCCGGAAGUCUUGCCGUUCAAUAAACACGGUUCCUGUCUC